CUCUCUCUCUCUCUCUCUCUCUCUCUCUCUCACACACACACACACACACACACACACACACACACACACCCACACUCACGCACGCAUGCACGCGUACACAGAGAGCAAAAGGCUUUCUCUUUCUCUGGAUAUGCAUACUUAAUAAGACUCAGGAGUGAGUGAGUCGUCAUGGCAGAGAGUUUUGGUCUUGCAACAACAACGACAAUAUGCUCUGAUAGCUCAACCCCACCUGUCACGCCGAUGGGGACGCCUUUAAGGAAGGUGUUCGAGAGGAUUUCAGGCCUCGCCUAUCCUUGGAAGAGGGGGAUGGCACUGCAGGGCCGCCGUCGGGUUUUUCAUAGAGAUGUUCAGCAAGAUGAGUUUCAGUAUGCGAACGCUCGUUGCUUGUCAUCGUACUACAGCGUCUUCGUGGCUCGCUUGGCCAUCAUGGUUAUGCUGGCCAUUUUAAUUGGGUUGCUCACAAUACUAACAUGGCACAUCACCAGAACCUAUACGACAAAGUCUCUGAACAGCUUAGCAUAUGGACUCCGUCAUGAGCUCUUGCAGCGUCCCCUGUUACGGAUGUGGAACAUCCUUAAUUCCACCGUUGAAAUAACAACCGCUCAGGUUAAGCUCUCGGAAUAUGUGAUCCGGCGGUACAAUAAACCUGCCACUCAGGCCGAACAAAUCCAGCUGUAUGAGGCAAUGAGAGAUGUCACGUGGGCACUGUUUGUGAGUCGUAGAGCACUCAACGCGAUAACAAUCAAUUACCGAAACGGCUUUGUCCAGGCUUUCCAUAGAGAUCACAGGAGCAACAACACAUUCUACAUAUACUCCGACCUGAUGAACUAUUCAAUCAGCACCAGUGGGUCUUCCAGUCUCAAUACGCUUUCGUCACUACAGGGAUGGAACGACCAAACGAUCCACGGCAACAUGUCGGCGACUUGGUACCGUGUACCUCUCGACCCCGUCACAGGCGACAAGAUAGGCAAAGCAAGGACAAUACUGCCCGAUGAUCUCAUCAACAUUGCUGGGCUUUCUCAAGUCCCUGAUGGGGUAGCAUCUUGGCACGUGGCUGUGAGCAAAUACUCGGACUCCCCACUACUUUCGGCGGCAUUGCCCGUGUGGGAUCCUUCCCAUGAGAGCAUAGUGGCGGUCGUGGGCGUGACCACAGCGCUUUAUAGCGUUGGCCAGCUAAUGAAGGAGCUUGUUGAGUUUCAUAGUGGGCACAUUUAUUUGACAUCUCAAGAAGGUUGGUUGCUUGCAACUUCUAGCAACACUCCUGUCUUGAUCAAUUCGACGAAAGGGCCGAAGCUUAUGAUGGCCAUCCAUUCUCAAGAUCAAGUCAUACAGUUGGGAGCCGAGUGGCUGCAGAGGACCUACGGAAACAAUUUUCCUGCAGGUCAUGAAGUUCAUGUAGAGAAUGCCAAACUCGAUCGCCAGCACUAUUACAUUGAUUCCUUCUUUCUGAAUUUGGAAAGACUCCCUAUGGUGGGAGUGAUCAUCAUACCAAGAAAAUAUAUACUGGGGAAGGUGGAUGAGAGAGCCUUCAAAACAUUGGUCAUACUCAUAUCUGCUUCACUAUGUACCUUGGUGAUCGGAUGCCUCUGCAUUUUUAUACUGACAAAUGGAGUAUCAAAGGAAAUGAAACUGAGAGCAGAACUGAUAAGCCACCUUGAUGCAAGGAGGCGAGCCGAGGCAUCAAGCAACUACAAAAGUCAAUUUCUGGCAAAUAUGAGUCAUGAAUUGCGGACGCCUAUGGCUGCAGUAAUCGGAUUGCUGGACAUUCUUGUUUGUGAUGAUUGCCUAACGAAUGAACAAUACUCAACGGUCACCCAAAUUCGAAAAUGCUCAACCGCUCUGCUUAGGCUGCUGAACAAUAUUUUGGAUCUUAGCAAGGUGGAGUCCGGAAAACUAGUGAUGGAGGAGGCGGAGUUCAAUUUAGCACGAGAACUUGAAGGACUUGUUGAUAUGUUUUCAGUGCAGUGCAUUAAUCACAACGUGGAGACUAUCUUAGAUCUUGCUGAUGAUAUGCCAAAGUUAGUUCGAGGGGACUCUGCUAGGGUUGUUCAAAUAUUUGCGAAUCUUAUCAGCAAUUCAAUCAAAUUUACUACAUCCGGUCAUAUUGUCAUACGAGGAUGGUGCGGAAACUCAAGGACCUUGAGUGACUAUGUAAAGCUUCCUCUUGAGCAUAAAAUAUCCAUUUCUUCACUUAAGACAAAGUUGAAGCAACAUGGUAGUCACGCAAGAAGGGCAUCCAAGAAAGACAACAAAGUGACUCUCUGGUUCGAAGUUGACGACACUGGCUGUGGAAUCGAUCCAGGCAAAUGGGAAUCUGUUUUUGAAAGCUUUGAGCAGGCCGAUCCAUCAACAACUCGACUACAUGGCGGCACUGGUCUCGGCCUAUGCAUCGUGCGAACCUUGGUCAAUAAGAUGGGUGGAGAAAUCAAAGUCAUCAAGAAGAAUGGCCCAGGAACUCUCAUGAGACUGUACUUACUUCUCAAUGCGCCUAUUGGUGGCACUGAGCACAACUGUCCGGUAGAUUAUGCCAAGCAUAGCAUAACAGUGCUACUUGCACUACAUGGAUGCACAGGUAGAUUGAUCAUGUCCAGGUGGUUGCGCAGAAACGGAGUUUUCACUCUGGAAGCAUCGGGAUGGAAUGAAUUGACUCAGAUUCUUCAGGAAUUUUUCCAAGGCAGAAAUUCAGGCGGCCCAUAUAGGACCAUCGAUAUGGAACACGCACAUGAACUGCCGAGAUCAGAAGUGACAAACCUCGAAGAUAUUCGCAGUGAAGUCCUCAUCAUAGUCGUGGACAUAGGGCUACUUGACCUGAACACAGAUAUAUGGAAGGAACAGCUCAAUUUCCUAGAUAAGUACUACGGGAAGGUGAAGUUCGCAUGGAUGCUAAACCAUGACACCGCCAACGCCAUUAAAGUGGAGCUCCGAAGGAAAGGACACAUUCUGAUGGUCAACAAGCCACUAUACAAGGCCAAGAUGGUUCAAAUUCUGGAUGCUGCCAUAAAGGAGAGGAACUCUGAACUCCUGAAGAGGAGCUCCAAUUCUUCGAAAAGCGUUAAUAGAGAAGGGGACUUGCACGAGUGUCUAGAAAUCGACUCUGAGCACUAUGAGGGGGCGAGCUCUGAUGAAUUGGACACAGUUGAAACAUCACGUUCUAGUUGUACCACUACAUUCCCUAGUGAACAAAAGCAACAGGAAGGGACUGAAACCCCUCCUCCUCUACAACACAGGACAUCAAACUGUCACUCAUUCGAUCCUACUCGGCUGUCUUCCAGCUAUAACAAUUUGGGGAAUGAAGAAGAAGCAUGUCAAACUGGUCCCCCUUUGGACCGACCAAACAAUGCCGAAGGCAGAUUCAAGUGCACGAGGAGCAUGUUUUCUUCAAAAGAAAAGGAACACGGAAAUUCCGAAGUACAGGAACAACUGCUGAUCACCAAGCGUCCUCAAGCUGAAGGUGAUUCGUGUUCCGUUAAAGAAUCAGACCAGAAAAGGUCCCUGGAAGGCCUGCGCAUACUACUUGCCGAAGACACGCCAGUGCUCCAGAGAGUCGCUACAAUCAUGCUGGAAAAGUUGGGUGCAAAAGUGAUUGCUGUCGGAGAUGGCUUGCAGGCGGUGAAUGCCCUGAACUGCAGAAUAGAGAUAGACAAAGAAGACUUCAGGACGGCGUCACAUUUGCAAGACGAAAACAGAAUAGCUCAAGCAGGAACACGGAGUUGGCAACCUUACGACCUGAUCCUCAUGGACUGUCAAAUGCCAAAGAUGGACGGGUACGAAGCGACGAAAGCAAUCAGAAGAUCCGAGGCCGGAAGUGGCCUGCACAUUCCGAUCGUCGCGCUGACCGCGCACGCCAUGUCAUCGGAUGAAGCCAAGUGCUUGGAGGUGGGAAUGGAUGCUUACUUGACGAAGCCGAUCGACUAUAAGCUUAUGGUGUCCACAAUUCUGUCACUCACCAAGGGAGUGAACUAAAAGAGCUUGAUAAAACAACUCAGAGAGAACCCGAAAAGAAAACCAGAUGUUAGAGCUUACACGGUUUUUGCUUGUGUAAUGUGAAAAAAUCAGCAUGAUUAACAAACUGGGCAAGUAUACCAGUGACCCCAUCUACAGUCUGUAAAGAUAUCUGAGUUUCUCUAGCUUAUUCCUGAGCAUCUUUGGGACAUAAA